AAGAAUGGAUAUAGGAUAUAUAUAAGGUCUCCAUGUCGUUAUCUUUUUUAAUCAAAACAUUUUAACCAAACAGAAAAUCAAAAUCCAAAGCUAAAAACAGAUAUAAGAUAACUCACAAAGAAAAAUAGAAAACAUCAAAAAUAUAUAGAGACACAACAAAUUAUUACAUUUAUCUAUCUGUUGCAGAGAGAGUUAUUAUUAUGGCUUUUGAUGAAGAUAUGAAAAUGGCGUCUUUCUUAAGAGAAGAAGAAGAACAACACUAUUCUUUAUCAAGACUCUCCGUUUGUUCCAACUACGACGGAGAUGAAGCCGACGGCGAAUCUUCUGAUUCCGACGAGAAACGUGUCGGCGGCGGCGGAGGAGAGAAAUCUAUGGAGGAGCUAAAUUUUUCUGAUUCUGAUAAAGGAUCAACCGGUUGUCAAUCACUUCCGGCGACACCUCCACGACGGAGACGGCGAAGAGGAGGAUAUUUGGCGGUGAGUUCUCCGGUUUCCGGCGAUAAAGCUUACGCUAGCGAGAACGAAGUUCAAAAGACGAAUAACAAUCAGAGGAGGAGAAGGAGACUGAAACCGGAGUGUCCACCGUGGGUUGAUAGUAUGCGGAGGAGCUACGGCGGCGAUGAACAGAGUAGUCACGGUGGUUACGGAGGAGGAGUGGUGGUUGUGACGAGGCCUAUAGGAGGAGGAAGGCCAUUGUGUAUGGAUUUAGAAGAAGUCAAAGCUUGUAAAGAUUUGGGGUUUGAGCUUGAACCGGGUCGGGUUUCGUAUUCCGGGUCAACGAUGGAUACUAGUAGUGGCGGCAAUUCUCCUAUCUCUUCUAACCACCGUAUUUCGAGUCCCGGGGAUGAUCCAAAAGACGUGAAAGCGAGGCUUAAGGCGUGGGCUCAUGCUGUGGCUUUUGUGUCCACUACUCAUCAUCAACCUCCUAAUUCUUUAUGAUUCACUCACUCUCUUACAAAAAAUAAUUCGCUUCAAAAAAAAAAAUUGCAUGCAUUUUCCACUUAAGUUUUGAAAAUUCUUUUUGAUUUCGUAAUUUUUUUUAAAGAGUUUGUUCUGUUUUUGUGUGUUGACGGUGAGAUUUGGCAAUUGAUCUUGAGUAUAUGGUCAUAAGCCAAAAAGUAUAGAGUUAAAUAUAUAUCUAAUAAGUUUGAUGAUUGGCUUUUCUCCAGCAUUGUAAUAUUCAACAUUUUACAUUAUUGAAUUUUUUUUAUUCUAAAUUAAACUCGAAGGUGUACCAGAAAGAAUCGUUUUUACUCCCCACAAAGGGAAGAGAAAAAAUCAUUAAUGUAUUGUGUGUGUAUGAGAGAGCUAUGUUGAAGAAACAGAGCUAGUAGCGACUAUUGGACCUUGUGGCUCAUCAUCGAACUGAUACUUGUUGUAAACUUGGAGCAAUAGAUCACGGCAAGGGACGGUGGCUCCAAGCUUGAUACAAGCCAAGAAAGCGCCGGAUAAUUUACGGUGAAGGCUAUAGGCUUCAUCGGGUGGUGGAGUGAGUCUAUGUUUCAACAUGGUUGCUCCUAAAUUGGAGAUGCUAGAAGCAAUGUUGUUGGUUCGGAAAGCGUAGCCACCGGGUUCUGCAAAAGGUAGACCCACUAUGAAACCAGCUUGGACAUGAGCGUCUAGCAUUACGUCUGAUUCAUCUCCGGUUAAGAACCCAAGUCUCCUCGACAUUUCAAUCACUCCUUCGCUGUCUUUUUCUGCACAUGCCAUCACCUGAAAAAGGGUUCCAUGAAAUGUUCUCAAGAUUCUCUUCAAUCUUUUACAUGUGUGAGAAAAGGCUAAAAUGAUAAGAUUGUUUUACCAUUCGUAGAUAGUCAUCGACGAAUUUUUUGGGGUAAUCACGAGCUGCUCCGAAAUCAAUAAGAUUUAUUGU